AGGCACCGAGUUAACAAGGUUAACUAUCUCGCUCCAAAAAAAUAUUUUAAAAAGAUUUUUGAGCGUGAUAAAACUUUCCUGGGUAGUUAACCUUGCUCGGUGUCUUUCAUUGGAGUCGAGGAGAAUAAAUGGCCAGUCGUAGUCAGAAAAUAUUGAGUCAUCGUCGAAGCAUCGAAGAAAAUAUCCCGAAGAAAAAGAGAAAGACCAAAGAUACUUCUAUCUCUAAAACGACUUCUAAACGACCAAGGACGACUUCUAGAAGCAAGAGUAAUAUCACAAUGACAGAAACUCUCUGCAACACAGUAGGAAGUAUAAGCUCCUUCAGCAAGAUUGAAAAAGGGAUUUCAAGCACUGAUAGGAUACUAAAGGAUAGAACACUUGCUACGAAUGUGCAAAGUACGAUACACAAGACUGAUAAACAUACCUCUAGUUAUACAUUUUCUAAUUUCUUUGUGCCUGUGGUACGAAAGCUUACUCCGCUGCCUGAGCUGAAUUGGGCAGAUUCAACUGAACUUUGGAAUUACAUGUUAGAAAAGUACAAAAAGUAUGCAAAAGAUCCAUUGUACUUAAGGAUGCAUAAACAACUACAACCAAGAAUGAGAAGUAUAUUACUAGACUGGUUAAUAGAGGUAUGUGAGGUGUAUAGACUACACCGAGAGACCUUUUCUUUAGCUGUAGACUUCAUUGAUAGAUAUCUUUCGACAAAACAAGAUAUUCCAAAGCAAAGACUGCAGUUAAUAGGAACAACAGCUCUUUUUAUUGCUUCUAAGAUAGAGGAAAUCUACCCACCUAAGUUGUCGGAGUUUGCAUACGUCACGGAUGGUGCAUGUACAGAGUCUGAAAUCCUUCAACAGGAGCUUAUCAUGCUGAAACAGCUCAACUGGAAUCUUUGUCCUGUGACUUGUAACACUUGGCUUAACAUCUACCUUCAACUUUACUGGUUAAACACAAUGAUGAAGAGUGAUCCGAAGAUGAUUUCUUGCAAUUAUAAUUUUGUUUAUCCAGAAUACUCUCAGCAGGACUUUCUGAGAGUUGCACAGUUAUUAGACUUAUGCUGCUUAGAUAUUGGCAGCCUUCAAUUCUCAUACAGUAUUAUUGCAUCAUCUGCUCUGUACCAUAUGAUUCCUGUUAACAUUGAAGAAAUCACAGGUCACAAGUGGGAAGAACUAUUUCCCUGUAUUCAAUGGAUGAGUUCAUUCUCAGCAGUCAUCAGAGACAUGGGGAACCCAGUGCUCAAGACCUUCGAACAUGUUAAAUCUGAAGAUUCCCACAAUAUACAGACACACAUUAAUAACUUAACAUUACUGGAGAAAGCACAAACCAGACAAUGUGUACCUGACACCACCUCAAGUAGCCGUUCAGAAAGUCCUCCAGUUGUUGUACAACAUUUUGCUCCUCUAACUCCACCAAGCAGCACAAAAAAGGCUCAACCAACAUGAUUCAGGGUUCUGCUUCAAUAAUAUACAGCGGUUUCAAGGCAGUCAUGUCGUAGGAUUAAACGACAGAAACCUUUUUUUGGAAAUGCAACCUUUUUUCAUGCAUUCUUUCCCACCAAAUGACUGCAGUGAAACUCCUCCAUUUUGAGAACUUGUAUUUUUUCUAAACAGGAUUUUAUGAAAUUUUUCUCUUUAAAUUUUUAUACAGUUUGAAUGCAACUUUUAAUCAAAUUCUCCAUUAACAAAUGGUUUUGACUUAUGAAUGAGUAAGAGUGGAAUUGUAUUUUUUUAAGAUAAUAUUUUAGAAGGAAGUGAAAAAAUGAAGUGUUUUUAUAAUGAUACAAGAAAACAUAGCGAUACAGCUCUUUCAAAAAAGGUUUGUGGAAGUUAAAAAAGCCCAACAUGCAUGUGGGUGGUGUGAAUGCAGUCAGUGAAGGGCCACAAAAAUGUGGAAUUUUCCCACGUUUUUCUUGUCAAUUUUCUUCUGUGUUGUUCCACGAUACAUUAGUAUCUAACAAAACAAUUUCACAAACCAUUUUUGGAAUAGCUGUAUUAUGCAGACAGAGUAACUUUUGGGUUAUAUCUCACCUAAGGCAGCCUUGAACAUCUGUGCACCUGCAAAUGUUACUAUGCUUAUACUUGUGACAUUAAAGGAGAUGAGGCUUUGGCCAUGCAGCAACAAGAUAA